AUGGAGUCCAGAGGAAAGUCAGCCAGCAGCCCCAAGCCUGACAGCAAGGCACCCCAGACCCCCGCUGAGCCCAAAGGCCCCCCAGCUGCUGAUGGAAAAGCACCCGGGGCCACGUCAGCCAAGGCCGGGAAGAAGGAGGCCCCAGCAGAAAAGCAGGAGCAGCCAGCGGCCCCCACCCCAGCACCUGCCAAGAAGACCCCGGCCAAGGCAGACCCCGCCCUUCUCAACAACCAUAGCAACCUGAAGCCAGCCCCUGCAGCCCCUGCAGCCCCCAGCCGCCCUGACGCAAGCCCCGAGCCCAAGGGUCCUGGGGACGGUGCCGAGGAGGACGAGGCCAGCAGCAUGGGCCCAGGCGGCCGAGGUCCCUGCCCCUUGGAGAACUUGACCCCUCUGCUCGUGGCUGGGGGUGUGGCUGUGGCAGCCGUGGCCCUGGUCCUUGGUGUGGCUUUCCUGGCCCGGAGAAAAUGA